CUCUCAGUUUGUCCCUAUAUCCACGUUUAAUACCCCCAAACAAUGUAGUCAUAAGCCGGCUAACUUGUUCCGCAUCACGAAUUACCAUCCCUACAAUUCCAUUUCUCCACAAUUUAUCGAAAUUUUGUAAGAAAUCAAAAGUAUCAGCAAAUUCCUCACUCACUUUCAAACAUGGCGACAAUCGAUUCUCUCCCAUUUAUAGACAUGUCAACCCUAACCCACUCUGAACUUCGUACUUUGUCUCUCUGUUCCACCUCCGCUUUCGACCUUCACCGCCUCGAUGACCACGUUAUUCCCAUCAUUGAUCGUUCCCUCUUCAACGAAAGUGCGGGCUCCCGUAAACAAACCUUCUCGCGUCCCACUACCACCACCCACCACCACCACCAUCUUCGCCACCGCAUUGCCGGCCUUCUCCCCUCCUCCAAACAACCUCCCUCAUCGUCUUCACUACCACCUCAUCUCGACCCGGAACAUUUAGAAAACCGCUCGAUUCUCAACUUCCUUCGGAAAUCCCUUUCCCAAAGCCCUCACUUCAACGACGUCGUGUCUUUGUUCAGCGUUUCGGGGGAAAAUGAUCAGGCUUUUAGGAAAAGGAAGAGGGGGAGGCAGCCGAAAACGAAGGUGAAAUCGUUGGAGGAGAAUUUGGAGAUUGUGAAUAAGAAUGGAAGGGUGGUGGAUAUUGCUGGGUUGGGUAGUUUGGAGGAUCCUUAUGGGGAAGAAUUGAGAAGAAGAACUGAAGGAAUGACUUGGAGUGAAGAGGAAUUGUUAAGUUUUAUGAGGGAUUUGGGUGGGCAAUGGUGUAGUAGAAGGAAGAAGAGGAAGAUUGUUGAUGCUAAUUUGCUCGGUGAUAUUUUGCCUGUUGGUUGGAAGCUCUUGCUUGGCCUUAGAAGGAGAGAGGGCCGUGCCUCUAUUUAUUGCCGCCGAUAUAUAAGCCCUGGUGGACAACAUUUUCUAUCAUGCAAGGAAGUUUCUGGAUAUUUGCAAUCCUAUUUUGGACUUCAUGAUGCUCCUCUGUCAAUGGAUCAUGGUGCUGACAAUGUUCAGCAAGAUUAUAGAGUUGCAUCUGGAAGUCAGCAUGCAGGUGCUACUCUAAUGGAUAAUGAACAGAGGCAGUCUAACGGUCAGGAGAAGGAAGUUACUUUACUGGGUAUUGACAAUCUUGCAGAGGUUCAAAUAUGGGACCUUUUUGAAUGUCAUAAAUGUGACAUGACGUUUGAUGAGAAGGAUACAUAUUUACAGCACCUUUUGUCAUUUCAUCAGAGGACUACGAGGAGGUACAGACUUGGUUCUUCAGUUGGGGAUGGUGUUAUAAUUAAAGAUGGAAAGUUUGAAUGCCAGUUCUGUCAUAAGGUAUUCCAUGAAAGACGUCGAUACAAUGGUCACGUAGGGAUUCACGUGAGGAAUUAUGUGAGGGGAAUAGAAGAUACCCCUGGUCGUUUGACUCUUCAAAAAAGAAUGGAGUCUCCUGCUAGAGAGGAGUUUCCUACAAGGAUCUCUAAAAUGGAUGCUUUGAUUGAAAUUGCUCAGAAUUCUAUUCUUGAAACGUCCACUGCUGGAUCUAAUGCCAUACAUGCUGCUUCAAUUUCUGACCUUGAACUGAACUCUUACUCUGCUUUCAGUGAACCAGAAAUGGAUGAUGGAAUUAUGGACAAAGAAUCAUAUCAACGAAAUAGCAAACCGAAGAUUACUGAUGAAAAGAUGGAGGCGAUUGACAAUGUUGAUGUUGGCAAUGUUAUGGAUGUUAAGAUACAUUCUUGCAUGGAUUUUGCAACUGUCUUAACUACUGCUGAGCAAAAUGGUUAUUCCUCUGAAAAUUUUAGUAUGAAAGAUGGUCUGUCAUUCAUUGCUGAUGAAAUUGAUAAGUCUGUCACUGAGCAGGAAAGAGGCUCUGCAAGCCACUUACUUGCUGCAUCUGGUGAUCUGAAAGUUGAACGUGUUGAGGGCAAUGAGAAUUUGGGUUGCGCUAAUGCAGUUGAGCAUAAGGAGGUAAAUGAAGUGAAUAACAAUAAUGAUAUUGAGUUACAAAGUGGGUUUGGAAGCAAAAAUGGGAUUUCUGAUUUGUCAACUUUGAAAGAUAAUUUAGUUCAUUAUGGAGUUUCCAAGUCUUCGAUGUCCUUGUUGCAACCAUCAGGUGGUCUUCCAACAUCCAACACUAUCUCAAAUAAGGGGGAAGGUGGACCUUGUAGGGUUGACCAGAGACAGGACAAUGUUUCAGGAUUUGAGGAGUUGAGUUUGGAUGAAAUAGAACAUCUGAAAUUCAAUUUAGGGACGGGGCAAGAAUCUCUCUCGCUGGCAGAGGUGCCAAUACAGAUGGUGAGUGAUGCUGGAAUGGAAGGGUCAUAUAGUUCCUCUGUUCCAUUUGAAUCAGAAGUACUGUUAAAUAUGGCUGGCAGGCAUAUUACUACAUGUGUAUGGUGUGGAAUGGAAUUUAGUCAUGAGGCUGUUGAUUCUGAGUUACAGUCAGAUUCAGUUGGUUACAUGUGUCCAACCUGCAAGGCUAAAGUCUCUGGGCAGCUCAGUGUUCUGGGCAGUGGUUAGCCCAUGAACUACACCGUCUUUGAUUAAGGGUAUUCUUUCCAUUUUCAGUCAUUCUUUUCAUUUUUAGUCAUAUGUAGUCAAUUUCUGAUAUUUUGACUUUCAUAGAAUAUGCUGAUUGGGGAUGUUUCUGUUUGUUUAAUAUCCCCUGUAUGAAUUAUUAAAUUUGUUGUGCUGCUUUCCUGUCAUAUAUAUUAGUGAUAAAAUUUUGGUUCCUGAUUUUUGCUCAAAUAUAUUUGU